AUGAACACCAUCAUAGCACCUCGACUCCAACUCAUCGAGAUCGAAGACCAACCAUGGUGUCCCUCCUGGCUCCGAGCGCACUCCUGCGCAUCGUUAGCACGCAUGUGGAGGACCUCAACCAGUUCAGCAGGUUCACCAUCCACGCAAGCCUGUGACAUCCUCCUUACCAGACUAGGCGGUCUUUGCCAGGCCUCUCAAUUCACCUACGUGGAUGCCUGUGCCGGCGCAGGGGGUCCCACACCAUUAAUGGAAGCGACAUUAAAUGCACGACUUGUAGAAGCUGGAUACAAACCUGUGCAAUUCGUCCUUACGGACUUGUAUCCGGACCAUGAUGCCUGGAAACGAAUCACUUCGCGUUCGGAGAAUGUCUCCGCGAUUUGGGAGCCUGUGGAUGCUACCCAGCCGAGAAAGAUGGCUCCAAAGGGCAGCAAAGAGUGCAGGAUCUUCAAUCUUUGUUUUCAUCAUUUCGAUGAUCGGAGGGCCAGGGAGGUGUUGAAGAGUGCUGUGCAGAACACGGAUGCGUUUUUAAUCUUCGAAAUGACCCAUCGCACGCCCACGGCUUUCAUGAAUGUCACCAUGGUAAUUUUCUCGACAUACAUCUUCUCGUUGGUGGACUGGUGGUUUUCACCCCUGGUAUUGCUGUUUACUUAUUUGAUCCCUCUUAUCCCGCUCUAUUAUGCCAUUGAUGGUCUAGCUUCGUGUUUUCGAACAAGGACGCCAGAGGAGACGUGGAAGUUGCUUCCUGAUGAGAAGGAGCUGGAUUUAAGUCUAUGGAGGUUUGAGAGUGGUCGGGCGUUGGUAUUACCGCCCUUUGGAACGCUGUAUUGGUAUUCUGGUGUGAAGUCGUAG